AUGUUCAAGAAAGCAUACAUUCUGGCUGAUGGGGUUCCUGAGACGCAAAGUCAGAAGAGGUGUCUCUUCAAUCUAGGGGCUGCCUAUAUUGCUAUGGGCAAACCAAAGAAAGGACUGAAGUGCCUGCUGAAGUGUAAAUCAAAGGGAUCUGUGGAGAAAGAUGGGGAUUUCUACUUUAACAUUGCAGCUGCUUAUGAUGAAAUGAAGGAGUACUCUAAAGCGGUGAAGUUUUACCAGAGAGCUAUUAGUGAAUACAUACCUAGUGAAACACAAAGCAUCUCAGAUGCUCUGAUCAAACUUGGCUAUUGUUCAGUGAAUGUGGGAGACCUUCCCUCAGCUGCACGUUCCUUUAGGCUUGCCAGCCUCUCCUACCAAAAGGCAGAGAAAACUGAAGAUGCUGCCAUGGCCAUGAGGGAGGCAGCCAGCUAUAUGAUGCGGAGUCAAAAGUUCUCAAAGGCAGAAGUGCUCGAGACUUUAGCUGAAUGUGCACAGCUGUGUUCUGGAAUCACUAACCAGGAUUUGUUAGGCAAACUCUACAACCACAUUGGAUUGCACUAUGCUGAAAUGAUGUGCUUCCACCAAGCUGGGAAAUACUUUAUGAAAGCCAUGCAAAUCUGCAGUGGGGCAAACUUUUCUAUAUGGAAGAGAGCUGUAUUACUACAAAACCUGGGAGCGAUCUACAAUGCUUUAUGCCAGUAUGAAAAUUCAUUGAGAUAUCACAGCGAGGCAGCACAUCUGUACGGUGCACUGAGAGAGAGAAACGCCCAAGGACAAAGUCUCUGCAAUUUAGCAUAUGCUUACAGCCAGCUGAAAAACUAUGACAUGGCAGAGUAUUACUAUCAAGAGGCACUUAAUGCAUUUGUGGAUGUGGGUGAUUUAUAUGGCCAGCAACAAGUCUACGAAGGAUUGGGUGCUACUAGUUGCUGCCUAGGUGACUCAGAUCAGGCCAUCUCUUAUUACAAACAAGCUCUGACUCUGUUUGGAAAGUCAAAGGAAACAUCUGAUCUCUCCAGAGAAAGGGUUUUAGGGAAACUGAGGGAUGCUGUUAAGUAUCAAACCAGUCAUCAGUGUCCUGUUUCAUGCAGAGAUAGCUUUUCAAACACAACAGCAGCUCAAUCUUCUCCCAAAGUUGCCAGAGAUGAUCAUGGUUCUGUGCCGUCUGAACAAGAAACAUACCUAUAUGAUGAGCCACAGAACGAGUAUUCUGGUAAUGAAAAGAAACAGAGAGAUGGAUAUACUGAAAGGAGUGUCACUUCCAGAACAGAUUCAAUGUCAUCUCACCUUAUUCCACAGUAACAAAGGUGCUGGCAGAAAAACUGACCCUGGAGGAGAGAGGGAAACAGAACAGGAGGAUGACUCCAUUUCUGGGCACAUGAAUGUAGAAUCACAGAUGUGGGCCAGAGUCUUCAUUUCCUUACGUGUAUGUGCAUCUGGAGGAACACCACUGAAGUCAGUGGAGAUACACCAUUGUGAGAGCAGGAGAUGUAAGAGAAGACUCUGGCAACAUGGAGGAAGCACAGGCCAUUACACAUACACAGACUUUUUUUUAAAUCCUGUGGUAGAACAAAGGUUGUAAUAACCAAGAAAUGGUAAAACAUUAUGAAUCUAAGACAACACUGAACAUUAGGUUAAAAUAUAGGUAGGAUUCAAUGUUUAUCUUUAGGAACAUGAUAUUAGAUUGGUUUAAUAUCAAAGACAUUUAACCUGAAAUCAUUGAGGACAAUAGGGUUUUGCUAUUGACUUCGAUGGCAGCCCAGUUAGGCCCAAGCAAAGUGCAUUUAAAAAGAAGGGAGGAAUAAUAAUUUGUAUGAAAAAAUAGAACUUAAAAAAGUCUUCUUUGAAAUAAUAGCAACAAUGAUGGUGUCAUUUAACAUUUGUAUAGCUUCUUCCAUCCCAAAGGAUCCCAAAGCACUUUACAAAACUACUGGAUAAAACUGUACCUAGAGCAUCAACUACUGAGAAUGCAGCCACCUCUGGGAAGGAGAUUGGCAGACAACUGCUCUACACUGGGAUUAGAGGAUAUUUUAGUCAAGAACACAGGCUAACCUCUACUGUCAUGGAAGGUGUGUCAGACUAUUUGAUAGUCACACAAAACAGCAAGGUCUUCUUUGACUUUUAAGGUCUCUUCCAAAACACUGAAGUAAACACUGUAAUAACUAUGCUAACUUUCUCAGUAUGUUAGUUCCACCCCAGGAGCUGUAAAUGCAAGCAAGACAAUUAACUCCUUGGAAAUGCCUCAGUUCAGCUGAUUAUUCUAGUUUCUAGUAAUUAAGAUUGCAUUUCAUGAUCCUCAGCCUUAUUAAAUUAGUGUUUACAGUUCUGUAUGCUACAAAAAUAAAACAUGGUUAUUUUAAUUCAAUUAUUCAUAAAUGGCAUUGGUUCCACCUCAGAUGUAUGUAUAAUGAGAACGGGACCAAGCAGACUCGUCAUUCAUCAUACAUUUUCAUGUAUUUUUGUCUGCUAAUUGGAGAUAUAUGGAACUGUUCAGAUUAAAUGCAAAUCUUUCCAA